AUGUCGAUUGUGAUGUUCUAUACGCUGCAGCUGUUGUUUCCGGCAAUUCCAACAACAUCUCAACCUCUUCGAUCAACCGGCAAAUCAUUACGUGUCCCACUAACGAAUGUUAAGCUUGUGAUGUCUAGCUGCUACCUUUUACAGAAAGCUUUCCUGGCCGCGGUUUUAAUUUCUACUUCGAAUGAUAUCUCAGUAAAUCCUGGACCAGUAUCUAACGAUUUCCCUCGAUUUUGUGGACUAAAGAUCGCUCACCUCGAUGUUCAAAGUUUGAUCGGUAAGAUCGACUCAUUACGUAUCUUCUUAAAGGAAAACCCUUUUGAUGUGUUAACUCUGUCUGAAACGUGGCUGAAAGCUAAUGUAUCUGAUAAUGAAAUUUAUAUCCCUGGAUAUACUUUAUUAAGGAAUGACAGAGAUAGUCGUAUUGGGGGAGGUACUUUAGCCUAUAUUCGUGAUGGCUUGCCUUACUGUGUGCGCUCUGACUUGCAAGCACCGAAUAUUGAAUCCUGUGUUAUUGAAGUCAAUCGAGUAAAAGCUAGGAAACUUUUCAUAUUUACUAUAUAUAAGGCUCCUGACAAGAAACUUGAACAUUUUAUUGAAAGUUUAAGUAAUGUAUUAUGUACUGUUCCCUCGGAAGCCGAUAUUAUAAUUUUGGGCGAUUUCAAUGUUAAUGUUCUAGCGGCAAAGAAAGACUCUUUACGACAACAACUUAUUCGCUUUGGAAAUUUGCAUUACUUGGAACAACUUAUUAAAACUCCUACAAGAAUUACUGAAAAAUCUGCCACUGCAAUUGACCUGUUGUUUAUUAACAAUUAUCAUCGUAUAAUCGAUUCUGGGGUGUUACAUCCAUCAUUAAGUGACCAUUCCCUUAUCUAUUGCAUACUAAAAGCUGGAGUCCCUAAGCUUCCGCCACGAACAAUAGAAUACAGAUCAUAUAAGAACUAUUCCCAAAGUGCUUUUGUGAACGAUCUUAAGAAUAUAGAUUGGAAUAUUGUUGAUAAUCAAGAAAAUGUUAAUGAUGCUGUUAAGGUAUGGGACCAACUAUUUUCUGACGUGGCUAAUAGACACGCUCCAAUUGGAAAACUGCGAAUGAAAGGAAGGCAUGCACCGUGGAUCACGAGUAAUUUAAGUAAUGCUAUGUGGGAUCGCGAUUAUCAUCGUCGAAAGGCUGUAAAAUCAAAUUCUGAAUAUCACUGGAAGCUCUAUAAGCAAGCAAAGAUAUCUGUGAAUAAAGUUAUAAAGAAAUGUAAAUCUGAGUAUUAUCUAGACCUAAUAAACAAAAACAAAGGAAACUCUAGUGUACUCUGGAAAACAUUAAAUAAAAUUACAUCGAGGAAAUCAUCUGCUCCUAUAACUUCCAUUGAAAUUGAUGGCACGUCACAAACUGACGUUAAAUCAAUUGUUGAAGGUUUAAACUCGCACUUUUCGUCUAGAUUCUGAUUCAUUUGUCAGGUCAUUACGCCAAAUUCUGUCAGUGAUAUUUGGGCAUCAACAUCUUGUGAGUUUUCCUUUGGGCCAAUAACAGUUCUCCCGAUUGUUAGUAAAAUUCUAGAGAAAGCGGCCCAUUCACAAAUGUAUAGCUAUCUACAGGAUAAUAAACUUUUGUCGCCAUUUCAGUUUGGUUUUAGGUCCAAAAGCUCGACUGAGAUUGCCCUCGUCGACUUCACUGACUCAAUUCUGGAAAACAUGGACAGAGGACUUUUCACAGGGGUAGUUUCAAUAGAUUUAACGAAAGCUUUUGACACCGUCGAUCACGGAAUUCUGUAUGAUAAACUGAAACGUGCCGGCUUUGCUGACACAUCCGUAAACUGGCUUGAAUCAUAUCUUACAAACAGAACUCAAGUAACUGCAAUUGGAAAUAUUUACUUGUCUGCUAAAUCUUGUACACAUUGGAGUACCUCUGUGUGUUGGGUCUGUUACUAUUUAUCAUCUAUGUGAACGACCUGCCUUCAUGUAUAAAACACUGUAACGUAUCUCUUUAUGCUGAUGACACGGUUAUUUAUUUUUCUUCUUCUGAUGUAUCAGUAGUUGAGGAUAAACUAAAUUCCGAUCUAGCAAGUUUAAGCCGGUGGCUCAACAAAAACCUCCUAACAUUGAAUGAAACUAAAUGUAAAUUUGUUAUAUUUGGGAGUAAUCAAAAACUGGCAAAGAUAAAAAAAUUUCCUUGCAAAUAAACGGAUGUCAAAUUCAUGAUGAAGAUUCGUUUAAAUAUCUGGGUGUUAUUAUGCACAAGAACAUGACUUGGUUGGAUCAUAUUGACCAGUUAAAUGUGAAAGUUUGUCAACGAUUAGGAGCUCUACGACGAGUAAAACAUCUACUUCCCCGCGACACAAGAAUAACCUUAUAUAACAGUCUUAUUCUACCUCUAUUUGAUUACGCAGACGUUGUAUGGGGUAAUAAAAAUAAUGCUCUUUUGAUGAACCAACUUCAAGUACUUCAAAAUAAUGCAGCUCGUACCAUAUUAGAUUACCAAAGUAUGCAUCAGCAACUCAGGCUAUUGAUCAGCUGACAUGGAAACCUCUAGUCUCUCGCCGCUGUUCUCAUCGUCGCGUGGCGAUGUACAAGUGUCUAAAUGGUCUGGUUAAUUUUAAUCAUGACUUUCGAAAGAAUUGGCGACCACGGUUAUAACACCAGAGGUUCUGAGAAAAUCUGUGUGCCUAAAUCAAAGACAAACUGGGGCUUGCAGAGAUUCGUUGUGCAUGCAGUAAAUGACUGGAAUAGUGUGCCAGAACACAUCAAACAGGCUGAAACACUAACACGUUUUAAAAGCCUUUUAGCAACAAAUUUUUAGACUUUCAUAGAUUAAUGCUUUUGGAAUGCUCUAUAUGUAUAUUCUAUUACAGUAUACUUAUUUCUGACUUUUUAGCUUUUUAAUUUAACCUCUACUAACUUUUAUUAACUUUAUGGACAAUUUAUUAUUUAUGUAAUAGUUUUUAUCAGGGCCCUACUGAAAAUCGCACUGCGAGUUAGGCCCCCUGUCAAAAUAUUAUGAUAAUAAUAAUAAUAAUAAAGAAAUGGCAUACGAUUCAGAGCCAGAGAAUGUGGAUUUUGAAAUGAACGCCGAUUUUGAAAUGAACGCCGAGAUCGAUUUCAGCCUUUGUGAAGAGUUUUAGCUACGCGAUGGCCAAUAUGAAAUCGUUUUUGCCCAUCCGGAGACCCUAAUCUCAAGCAAAUAUGGACGUAAUUUACUGCUGAGCAAGACAUACCAAGGGAAUGUUCUGGCAAUUGUAAUUGAUGGAGCUCAUUGAUAGUGGACUGGUUAGUAUAAAACUCGUUUUUAUUAAAACUGACACCAUUUAUUAAAAUUAGAAACACCAUAAACUUUGUUCGUUCAUGGCAACCAGGUAUAUAAUCACAUACUCUGGUUAGAACAAAACCAGAGUAGUGAUAGAAAUACCAAUUCAUGUCUUAAGCAAAGCCCCUUAAAUAAAAUGACAUGGUCGUAACUUGUAUAUCUAUAAAAUGCCUGGCUAUAAUUAUCAAGGCUUGUGGUGCGCUCUCAAUAUAAUUAUAUAAUAAUGAUAAUAAUAAUAAUAUGCUGAACUUUUGAGAAGGCCCCUUAGAGAAUAUGCUGAACUUUUGGUUUCAAUUAAGAUUUCGUGCCUUAAUUUCAAUCCAAGAGGAGUGGGGGCUUUUGACAACUGUACUUUGCAAAAAAUGUCAAAAUUCCUCUGGGUUGCCUGCACCCCUCUCAGGGGGAAAAUAUUGAUAGAUAUUCUGUAGAAACUUGUUUAUCUUUGUACUACUUUGUACUACUCUGUUCAGUUCUAUACUUUACAGUAAACACUAUUUUUAAUUAUAUUUUUUAGGGGGAGUGACUUCAGACAGGACUACAAGAGGUUAGGUGUCCUAUUUGCCUUAUUCCCAGACAUACCUGUCCUUGCAAUGACCGCAACUGCCUCUCGUAUUGACAUCCAGUGCAUUCAAGAUUCCUUAGAGUUAAAGAAGUGCAAGCGCAUCAUUGGAAACCCAGAUAGGAAAAAUAUUUAUUACAAAAACGUAUUUCGAACUGGUCAUGAUGUUGACACUAUUAAAUCUAUCCUGAUACCAAUUGCCAGUGAUCUUUUGCAGCAAAAGAUUGCAUACCCUCUUACUAUUAUUUACAUUUCAUUACGUUUGUGUGGUUUUGCAUAUAAGCUGUUUGAGCACGUUCUCGGCAUUGAACAAUAUUUCCCAUCUGGUGCCACUUCAAUUCCAGCAAAUAGGCUGUUUGCACAGUUUCAUUCUCCACAAACUAAUCAAAUGAAGAAAGAAAUCCUAAAGCAGCUCUGUUCUGGAAAAAGUACAGUUCGUGUGGUUUUUGCUACCGUAGCAAUUGGGAUGGGGGUGGAUAUACCUGACAUCCACCAGGUGGUGCAUAUUGGACCCCCUUGUACUGUGAAGGAAUACUUUCAAAAGACUGGACGUGCUAGCAGGGAUGGCAAGUUAUCGCCUGCUGUAAUGUAUUACAACAACAAAGACAUUGCUAAGAACAGAGUAGGAAUGCAAGAAGAUAUUCGUAAUUUUUGCUUUAGCACUGAUAUAUGCUUAAGAAAGUUGUUGAAAUCACUGGAUUAUGAACUAGAUACUGUCUAUAAACCAUUACACUUGUGUUGUGGUGUAUGUGAAAAUCGGUGUGAAUGUUCAAGGUGCUUACGUCUUCUUAUGGAGAAACUAUAAGUUUUAAUAAUUAUAACACUUGAACACUAAGGGAAUAUAUUAAAUUGUUAGACAUUUUCAAUUCUAUUGAGAGAGAUCUUUGGUCUGUUUCUCAAAUAUACAAUAUACAGUAUGUUACAGAAUACAUACUAUAUGUAUAUUUCAAAAGUUACGGUUACCACUGAGUAAUUUAAUAAAAUACAAAACAAUGGACACUCUGAAAACGGUUAACAUUUCGUUUCACAACGUUUCGACUAACUUGCAGUCAUCAUCAGGAAAUUCCUGAUGUUGACUGCAAGUUAGUGGAAACGUUGAAUCAAAAUGUUAACUGUUUUCGGAGUGUCCAUUGUUUUGUAUUUUAUAUAUAUUUCAGAUUGUCAACUUGUUAUUUUUACAAAUGGGGAUUGGCCUUCAUCUGAAGUAUUUAUAGUUUGCUUCUCUGUUAUACACCAAAUUCAAUAAAUGUUGUCACAUGCAAUAGUCAAUCGUACAAUAGAGCGUGCAAAUUUUAUGAUAAAACUGUAAAAGUGUUCAUGUGAUUGGCAAUGCUUUCUUCAAAGUGUUCAUGUACUGUAAUUGCCAAUGCUUCAUUUCGGGAAGGUUUUUCAAAAAAAAAUCCUGAGCCACCAAAAUUUGCACAGAACUUGACAUUAAAGCUUGCAAUUAAUAUGUAGUGAUGGGCGAUUACCGAUUACUUGGUAUCGAUACCACCGAUACCAGGCCCAAACAGGAAGAAGUCGAUAAUACACAGUAUCGAAAAAGUGGUUUGAUUACUUUUAAAAUUAGACAUUCAUUAUAAUCCUGUAGUUGUGUGUGUCAUCGUUUUCAUGGUAAUUUCUAAUAAAAUUUAUGUACUUUUUUGUAUUUUGCUGCAUUUAUCAAUUUAAUCAAACUUCCUUUAUACUUUAUUUGACAUUCUAUCCUCGCCGACAGAAUAAAUUAUGAAAAAGGCUGGAAAUAUAAAGUAAUUUUUGUUUUUUUAUGGAUUAUGGAUUAUAGUUUUUUAUGGCAGAUCGAAUCGUUACUGUUAAAAAUAUGUAACUUUCUGAAAAUAUAGUGUUACUGUUACAGUGGAAGCUAAACUACUUCUUUAACAGUCGGCUCUUUAUUAAGUGACUUACACUUGUUAUUUUGAAAAUUGGAGGAAGUAAUCGUUUGGGUAAUCGAUACUUUAACCAAAAAGUAAUCGGUAUCGUAUCAAAACCGAUACUGGUGGUAUCGCCCAUCACUAUUAAUAUGUACUUUGACUACAGCUUUUUGGAAUCAGCUGUAUACUUAAAUAUGAACCAAUAGUUUAUUAGUAUCAUACUUAUGUACUUUUGUAUUUCAAUUUCUGACCCAUAAAAGACUACAAUGUUUCAAUGAUUAUGGUACUUAUAUUGGAUUAUCUUGAUAAAAUGUGUUUGAUGAGAGAAGUUUUUGUGGUCAGGUUUUCACAUUUUUUCAAUAUUAACAUAUAUAUUGUAUGUCACUACUUUACCAAUAGACCUUACUGAUUAUUCUCUUUUACCCAAUGGCCUUGUUUCCAUGUUAACUUAUUUUAGCAUGUCAGGGGUGGAUAAAGAUUAUUCCCACGUUUUCCUGGACGAAUUUGUUUCUUGCUGUUCUUAUGCUCAAUAACAAAGUAAUUUUCAACCCUACUAUUAAAGAUAAGUAAGUAUUUGAAAACGAGGCCAUUGGGUAAAAGAGAAUAAUCGGUAAGGUCUAUUGUUGACUUCAGGCUAUAGUUAUUACUCAUUAUAAUAAGGGCUUAUUGACCGAGCGCGAGGUCUGUAAUGUGAAAUAUCAGACCGAGGUUUCUUAGUAUGCCAAAAACAGAGGUCUGAUAUUUCACAGUACAAACCGAACAAGCGAGGUCAAUAAUCGGUUUAUUAUAUGGCUGAACUGUGUCUGUGAGCAUAUGCUUUUCACGCCAAUUAAAUCGGCUAUCAUCAGUUUCACUGGGUAACAAUAUACGGUAGGCAUGCAUGCUCAAUCAAAAACAAUUUGGUUGUUUGAAAUUUUUAUCUGUAAAUUUUAAUGACACACAAGUUUGCAAGGGUGAAACAUCUAAGAAAACCACUAUACACAACUUAAAUUUCCCUGGACACUGGUCCACAUACAGAAAAUACGGACCACGCUCCAGAUAUGUGUUUUUACAGAUCGCUUGUCAACCAAUCAGAAUAGAGUAUACAAUAUAAUAUACAAUAUAUAAUCUUAUUUCUAUUAUGGUGCAGAACACAGAUACUAUAGACUUAUGAGUCAAUUUCAUAUUAAACUGACGUUGCUAUGCGACAAUGAAAAAUUUAUUGUCUCAUUUCUAUACUAGGUUUCUAUGCAAUGAAUUUUUCGUUGUCCUGUAGCAGUGUUAGUUUAAAUAUGAAAUUGUUUUUUCAUAACUCUGAGAAUGGUUCUGAAAUAGAAUUACAAGUCAGUUAGUAAUACUUUAUGUUAGUCAUCAAUAUUUUUGUUCUCUGCUAAAAGUUGUCAUAUAACAUCAAACAAGGAUGAGAGUUGACAAGAGUAUGUUGAUGGCAUAAAAUCUUGAUGAACAUUUGAACACAUUUUAACUUUAACGAAAUAUGUGUAACUGUAAAAGUUAAUACAGCAUUUACCCUGCUGGCAGUGAUUUCUGAGCCCAAGCUCAGCUCAGAAACCACUGCUAGCAGGGUAUACAGCAUUAAGAAUGGUGACACUACCAACUCUCACCCUUGUUUGAUCCAGACUUACUGUUUUAGUUCUAAACAACUAUGUAUUUCUCAUGCAAAGACAAGCCAAUGAAACACUAACAAUGAACAGAGAGACAAUUCUCCCAGAGAGAGCAACCCAAUAACUAGCAUGACUCUAUUGUUCAUGUAUGAUCACCUGACUUGGCAUUAGAGUAAAAUAAUCUGUCCCCAUAUAGAGUAUUAUAAUAAUAAAGGGUCACAUUAGCGCAUUUCACCAGUCAAUGGGUUGAUCAAAUUUGUGAUUGUGUGAACUAUAAUGAAUGUAGAUUUAAGUCAUUUUAAAACAAUUCUGUUGUAAGUUGUUCACUCACUGGAUUGUUCAGCUUCCUGUACUAAAAUUUCCUAUAGGAAUUCCUAUAGGAAAUCAAAAUUCCUAUAGGAAUUCCUAUAGGAUUUUUCUUGUGGCGAUCAAUCCAUUCUUCAAAUUUAACCUUGUCCAAUGAAUGGGUUGGAUCAUGUGAGAUGCCAACAAAGGUCUCAAACAAUCGACCCUCUUCUUCCCUAAAAGGCCUUAAACUUCUUAAGUCCACACUAAUAAUUUUCUCGUCAUCAGCAGAUUGUUUGUGGCUGUGUGACCCUGAUUUUGGGCAAAUAUUCACAUUCUCCUCAAACGCUUCCACAAUCUUUGAGACACCUCCAGAUGCUUUGCUUGCUCUCUCAAUCGCUUUCUCCGUCUUGUUGGCACCCAUCGACCUGAUCAACUUCUUCAACUCGCAGUUUCUGUUUUCCUGAAAGAGGUAGAUGUUAUACAUUUUAAGACCUAGCCAGGAACAACCGCGAAAAAUGCGGCACAAGGUCCUCUGUAUAUUAAGUCAUAUUCUGUCUGUGCAGUUAGACAGGUAAAGGUUUAAUACCAUAUGCUAGCCGCUAGCAUCAGGCAGAGUAAAAUAACAUAAUUGGUUGCAAUUUGUAAGAAAUGGUAAAUAAAUAAAACAACUUACAUUUACUGAUGCUUGGCCUUCUCUUAGCAUAACCAAGUUUAUGCGUUGAAUUCUGCUUGCUUCAUGGCACUGCAGGAAGUUAAUAAUGCCAUAAAUUAAGCAGAUAGCAGGAUUCUUCUUCUCAGGAUAUACUGCACUUUCCAACAGAAGCACACAGGAUGUUGUUGACAGUUGGGCAUCUGGUUAACAACUCUCCUAGCACCUCUGCCAUCCAGGUGUCAGCUGACAUACCAUCAAAGCCCCUUUGUCUGAGGACAGAUGGCUGACUCCUUCUGGCAACAUGAAUCAGUUCUUUGUUUGCCUCAGCCAAGAUCUGAAAUUGUUUAAAAUAAUAAUAUUGAAAUAUUAAUAAGAUAUCUUUCCAGCUUUUCAGAUUUAUUGUUAUCAAAUAUAAUAAUAGUUAAUAAGAUUGUGAUCUAGGUUUUGACAGGCUUUCAAGGUCAUGACCUAUAAAUACUGUAUGCAUAUUUUAUUCAUAAAUGAAGCAAAAUAAACCAAUUCCAAAUAGGCAAGACAUCCAAGCAAGACAUCUUGAAAAUAUAAUACUUGAUUCAAAACACGAUGCAGGUUGAGACAGAAUGAAGAUGACUUUUCCUUUGAAAUAAAGUUAAAACAAUUAAAGUCUCAGCCUGCAUCUUGUUUUGAAUCAAUUUGUCAAUUCGAAUUUGGUAUAAAUACAGGCUCUUUAGUAUAAAUUACUGAGAACCAUAUUAAAAUCUAUAAAGUUUGAACUAACAAUACAAAUAAGGGAACAGGGAAACAAGAGCUAAACUAAAGGUGAAAUACGAGUAUAAAGUCUCGUAACAUGUGGCCAUGCAUUCGGCAUGGUCAUGGUGUCUAUUGAUAAAUCAUUCAUGAAUAUUUAAACAUCUUAUUACAGCGCUAAAUAUUCCACAAUAAAUACUAAAAUUGACUAUUGUUAACACAUGAAUAUUUGACUAAAAGCAACUUACAUUCAAAUAAAUGUAAUGGAGUAACACUCGACUCAGAUUCACCAGGGCCAAUGUUGAAGUUGAUACAAUGGCCCAGUUUCAACCCCUUGAAAUGUGAAGCAGUAACUCAUAUUAUAUUUGUGAUGUUACUCUGCGUGUAUAUCCACACCAGACGAGCUUGAAAAAUAUGCCUGGCCACGGUGGGAUUCGAACCUACGACCUUUGGAAUACUAGCCCAAUGCUCUUCCAACUGAGCUACGCGGUCAGGACGGUUCAAGUAAGUGAUAUUUCGGAACAGAAUCUAGUUCCUUCGAUACCAAUGUAAUCUAGUAAUAUGAUUUGUUUUUGUGUUGGUGUUGUGUACUCAGGUGAAUAUGAUAUUUGUGAUCUUACUCUGCGUGUAUAUCCACACCGGGCGAGCUUGAAAAAUAUGCCCGGCCACGGUGGGAUUCGAACCUACGACCUUUGGAAUACUAGCCCAAUGCUCUUCCAACUGAGCUACGUGGUCAGGACGGUUCGAAUCCCACUGUGGCCGGGCAUAUUUUUCAAGCUCGCCCGGUGUGGAUAUACACACAGAGUAACAUCACAAAUAUCAUAUUCACCUGAGUACACAACACCAACACAAAAAAAUCUUAGUAACUCAUAUUAUUGAGAAACUGUCAAUUAUUUGAUUUUCUUAAAAAAAAUUAAAAUGUUUAUAUAUCGAAAGCUACUAAACGAUAGUGGCUUAUGCACCCUUUAUUCUUAAUUAACUUAAAAGAUGUUUUUCUAUUUGUGUUUUCAU